GUCGUGCGGUUCAGCGAAGAAGUGUCGCAAGCGGUGCCACUCCGGCAAGGGGUGCCCCAGGGCACGUGCCUAGGGCCGUUCGUCUGGUGUAGUUUUGUAGACGUGCUACUCCAGGAACUGGCAGAGCGGUGCCCGAAGGUGCAGGUGCUGGCGUACGUGGACGACCUCGCGCUGACCUGCGAGUACGAAGAGAACACAAAGAGCGAAGCACAGGCACAGCUCCAGCACGCGUCGGACAUCGUCUCAGACUUCUGCAAAGCGAGCAAUGUGGAGCUCUCCCCCGGGAAGUGCGCGUAUACGGUCUUCCAGACGGAGUUCGCGUGCGAACUCGACGAGUUGCGCCUCACAGGCUCCGGCGAAUCACUGGUC